AUGGAGAGCCUGAGUGACGAAAUUUGGGAUGCUGUGAUAGCUGGAACCAGCAUUCCCCAAUCACUUCUGGCAUUGGCUCUUUCUCGUUCAGGCAAGAAGAUCUUACAUGUAGAUCGCCAUGCCUAUUAUGGAGGUGACGACGCCGGUUUGAGCCUGGACGACACCCAGGGGUGGGUAGAAGAUUUACGGCAAUUCAAAAGCACAGUGUUCAAAGACGCAACCAUAUCGAGAUAUACGGAUGACGAGUCUGCGUCCUCCUCGUCACUUGGACCAUCCCGGUCAUACACCCUGAGUUUGAGCCCCCAGAUCAUCUAUGCCAAGUCCGAGUUUCUCCCCAGCCUCGUCUCAUCACAGAUACAUACCCAACUCGAAUUUCUUGCUGUUGGGUCUUUGUGGGUACAAAGGGAUGGGACACUGCACAAGAUCCCCAGCACCCGUGAGGACGUCUUCAAUGAUGAAUCACUUUCAAUGAAAGACAAGCGUGGGUUGAUGAAGUUCCUGAGAUACGUCAUGCAAGAGGAGGAAGAGUCGACAACAACCUCGGAAAAUGAGGAUACCAGAAUGUCGCUCAAGGCCGCCCUGUCAACGAAGUUCAGAAUCCCAGCCUCUUUGCAGGCUCCGCUGGUAGCCCUUGCGCUAUCUCCUGUAGCCGCCGACUUGGUUCCCUUCGAUAAAGCUCUGGUCAGGAUCAGGAGACACAUGAGGUCUAUGGGUCAUUUCGGUCAAGGCUUUGGCGCAGUUGUUGCAAAAUACGGUGGCACUGCAGAGAUAUCGCAGGUGGCCUGUCGUGCCGGGGCUGUUGGCGGAGGCGUGUAUCUUCUUGGGCACGCACUAGAAAAUCUGAGUGCUCCUGGUGACACGCCUGUUCACCAAAGGACGGGUGGGGGGGAUGACCCUCUUAUUGAAUGCACGCUUUCCGAUGGCACUCGAAUCCGGACUCGAUAUGUCGCUGGAAAUCGUGACGAUAUUCCGGUUUCGAAAGACGCCGUGGAAGAUGCGGCCUCGCCCUGCACCACCUGGAGGUCUAUCAAUGUCAUCGCAGAUUCGUUAAAGUCAAUGUUUCCUCCAACAUCAGAGAAUGGCCCUACUCCUGCAGUCACAAUUGUUCUAGUUGAUGAUGGCACCCCUGAGUACAAGAACCCUGUUUAUCUACAGAUUCACUCAGAGGAUGCAGGAGGAUGUCCCGCAGGUCAAUGUCUUAUCUAUGCUUCAGUCGUUUCCGAAGACGCCUCCUCGAAAGAUCGGCUUGAAGCCGCUGUGGGGGCGUUUCUCAGCACCGUGAGUGCAAAAAGCUCACUCUUGUGGUCGCUCUCAUAUCGAGCUCUGGGGCCUGCUAUAGACUUUUCAUCCAGUUUUCCGACGUCGCGGAAACAUCCACAAGUCAUCAUAUUUCCACGCAAGCCUCAAGAUGUUGCCUUCGACGAUGGUGUACUUCAUGCGGUGAACGAUGCUUGGCAAGUGAUCUUGGGGCCAGAGGCUGCUACAAGCAGCACCUUUCUGAGGUUCGAGGAACGGGAAACUGAAAUUGAGGAUUAG